CUCCUUAAUUAUUUUAAUUGAAAAUGGAACGAUAUUAUAGUAUUUGUGAGAGCAACGGAAUUGGAAAGGUGAGGUGGCAGAGGAGAGGGAGGCGCGGGGGACGGCACGGCGGCGGCGGGGGGUGGUGGUGGUUCCGUCCAUAUGAAGAUGAGAAAGCUGCAGCGGCUGAUCCCCGGAGGACGGAGGCUGAAACCGGACCGGUUGUUCUUGAAAACGGCGGAUUAUAUAAUGCAAUUGAGGUCUCAAGUUCAUGUUUUACAAGCACUUUCCAAGAUUUAUGACCCUACACUUUCUAAUUAGUGAUAUAAAUCUCUAUUAUUAUUAUUUUUUUUCCUUUUUCUUUUAAUUUUUUUUUCCUUCUUUUUAUAAUUUUUUAUGUUUUUUUUUAAGUCUUGUAUCCAGAAAAAAAGAAGAAGAGAAAAAUUAAUUGGCUUUUUUGGCCACCUCUAUAUGACAUACAUACACAUUAUUAUUAAAUA